ACCCCUAUUUAGCCCUGGACUGUUCAGGAUGAUGUUGUGUGUGAUUGUUUAGCGUCGUGUCGUUUACUUGUUCUUUGUCAUUGCUAAGUAAACCUUGACCUUGUUCAUUCCUGCGUCAGCCUCUUCGUAUACUCAGUGCUCGUCACAACGUUGGUAGAUUUAAUUUGAUAGAAUCGCCGCUGCAUGUAUGUCGCAACAUGACUGCGCAAGUGCUCGGUUCAGGGAAAGUAGCCUGUAUGUUGUUGUUGAAUUCUAGCCUAUCCUGUUGAGAUUGUGUCAAAUGAAAUAAUAGAUGUCAUACACUUUUCGUGUUUAUUUGCUCACGCUGGGCUCGAGUCUAAGCAGCCAGUGGCCUCAUUAAUUACAUAAACAGUGAAUCAGUCAUGGAAGGUGGCGUAUUGUUUUUUGUGUGAUAUUUAAUAUGCGGGUUCGUCUCCAUUGCCAUACACUAGCCUGGAGUCAUACGCACUGUAACGCACACAGUUGAGAGAGGCUCUGUACCAGACUGUACUGUUGUGUGAAUCUACCGGUACUUCAAGUCAUGAGAACCAUCCGGAGGCACCGAUCUGCUACGGGCACGGAGCUGCUCCUGGGACGCUGCAACCGGCUCCGGAUGUCCCGAGUUCGGGUGCUUCUCGUAUGCCUAUGCGGAAUGCUGGCUAUGGCUCUGACACUUGGAUUUUAUUUAUCGAGUAAUGAUAAAAGCGAUGAUGAUGACAGUAUUCAUAUGGGCGAUAACAUACAAUUUCGUGUGCCAGACCUAAUAAGAGACAAGUUGACCCAUAACCCCCGUAGGUCCACUGUGGCCCAGAUCAAGCGCCUGGUGGGCCAGGUAAAUUCGGGGAGGCUGUGGUACUCUCUCCUGAGGCCCAUCCUGGUAGAGAGACUGCCAGGUACCAGGGGCAGCCGUAGGGUGCGUGAGCACAUCUACAGCCAUCUAGAGUUCCUGUCAGCGGGUUGGUCAUUGGAGGUCGACUCCUUUAACUCUGCUACCCCAAAGGGACUAAUCACCUUCUCCAACCUGCUAGCAGUCCUGGACCCCUCGGCCCCGCGUCGUCUGCUGCUGGCCUGCCACUACGACUCCAAGGCCAUGCCCCCAGCUUCCAAAACCCCAGACGGUCCUCUCAGGAGGUUCCUAGGGGCCAGCGAUGCGGCCGUCCCCUGUGCCAUGAUACUGGAGCUGGUGACUGCACUGGACGUCCACCUGAAAGUGCUAAAAGAACAGAAGUCACAGGUGACGUUGCAGUUGGUCUUCUUUGAUGGUAAUGAGGCGUUUGAGCAGCCGAGCCCCUCCGACUCUCUGUAUGGCUCACGUUACCUUGCUGACCAAAUGUCCCGCACCCCUCACCCCCCAGGAGCCGAACAUACCACCCUGUUAAAUGCUUUGGACCUGUUUGUUCUGUUGGAUCUGAUUGGUGCACCUGACCCUAUGUUUGUCAACCACUUUGACAAUACUAUACGCUGGUUUGAUGAGCUCAUAUAUGCAGAGAGGAGGCUCCAUAAGCUGGGUCUGCUGUCCUCCCACCCCAGAGAGGUGAGCUACUUUAGGAAGGACAUAAACCUGGGCCCUGUGGAGGACGACCAUGUGCCCUUCCUCCAGCAGGGGGUUCCAGUACUACACAUGAUCACAACGCCCUUCCCCUCCUUUAUGCACACUCUGGAGGACACAGCGGAACACAUCCAUUCUCAGACUAUCGAGAAUCUCACCAAGGUGCUAGUGGUGUUCCUCGCUGAAUACAUAGGACUCUGACUGACAUUUUUCCCCCAUUAUUAUUGAUCAUACGCAUGGAUCCGUUCGAUUUUAUGCCACAAUCACCCACCCUUGUUUUAUAAUACCAGCACUCUCCCACUUGAUGACUUUGUAUCACAUCCCCACAUCAUACAUUUCCAAAGUCCUAUCACACCAUGCAAUUUUUCCACAUCACUGAUAAUCCCACAUUCUAUACCCUAGUCUUAUUGUUUUUGCUUUAUCCAUUCUGGAGCCACACUAUAAAACUGUUGAAAUUAGGAUUUUGAUUAUAGAGGCCUUUUACAUUCCCUGUCCCUCUAAUUCCCAUAAUCGAUGUGGGACUCAGAUUUAUGCAAGAACAGAUUGUUAAACUUAAUGAUGUGCCUUUUUUCAAUAUGUUCCGUAAAUGAGGUUGUGCACAUUAGAGUAUAUAGUGUUUCCCAGUGAGGGAAGCUAGAUCAUGUGGAUAAAAAACAGUUUAAAAGUCUAAAUAAAGACGUGAUAUACAGACA